GCUUAUACCAUCAAGUUCAAGCUCGCAACGGCCUCGAGAGCAUCAAAGCACACGCAGGGCAUCCACGUCGAGCGCAGCAUCAAUUUCAGACACCUCAACAGAUCAGUUCAUGUCCUCGUCCUCCAUUGCGCCAACUUACCACCAUUCCGAGCACGCGGCCACCUACCAGAGCAAAGCCAGUUUCGUGUACAGUGCCGCAAAUACCUCUGCCGUCCUGCAGCUCCUCGAUGCUCGACCUGGCCAAAGGGUGCUAGACAUUGGGUGUGGAUCGGGAGAGUUGACGCGAAUCAUCGCCCAGCAGGUCGGUGAAGGCAACGGGGCAGGAAAGGUGGUCGGCGUAGACGCUUCGGAGGAUAUGUUGCGGUCUGCGAGGUUGGCCGGCAGCGGGAAUAUCGAAUAUCAUCUGGUGGACUGCUGCGGCCUCCCUUCCUGGCUGCGCACCCAACCUGGCCUCUUUCACUCCUUCGACAGCGUAUUCAGCAAUGCCGCCCUCCAUUGGAUGAAAGCCUCCCCAAUCGCCGUGGUCUGCGGCGCUCAUCAGGCCCUCAAGCCGGGGGGUUCCUUUGUCGGGGAAUGUGGCGGAUUCCUCAACAUGAUCGGUGUACGUGGCGCUCUGCACGCAAUGCUGCGGAGAUAUGCGCCAGAGAAAGAUCCCAAAGAGGUGGAUCCUUGGUACUUCCCUACGCCUGAAGCGUAUCGCAAGCUUCUGAGCUCGCCAGGUGAGGAUGGGGAGCCCAUGUUCGAGGUGGAGUCUUGCGAGCUCGUGCCGCGGCCGACACCGCUGUCUGCCGGAUUGAGAGGGUGGCUGGAGACCUUUGGCGGGACAUUCUUGAACGCGAUGCCCAGCGAUCAAGUGAGGGCCAGGGCAAUGGAGGAGCUAGAGGAGAUGUUGAGGCCGGAUAUGUACGAUGAGGAAAGCGGGACCUGGACUGCAAUGUUAGCUCUCGUUCCCAGAUGUCCGGCUACGCUUCAAGGCUAUCAAGUCUCCUCGCUCCGCCGCCUCGUCCUCCGUCGCUCCACCAGCUAUACCAGCAAUCCAUGAAAGCAAGAAGGUCCAGCCCGACGCCGCCUCCUUCCAGGCCGCCGAAGCCAUCCAGGCACGCUUCAUCAAUCGCACCGUUCUGAUUCACCUUCGCCUAGCCUCUUCACUCGACAGCAGCGCAGAUCAGGCGCAGGACCACCAGCAGCAGCAGCAGCGCGUCUUCAAAGGCGACUUCAAAUGUGUGGACGAUGCAGGGAAUGUAGUUCUCUCUGACACGGAGGAGUGGACGCUGCAUGACCAGGCGGGGAGCGGAGAUGCAGAAAUGGCUACAGAGGAUCGUGUGGCCUCUCGCCGUUUCGUAGGAAUGGUGAUGAUCAGGGGGGAGGAUGUGGGGAGGGUAGAGGUACAGGAUGGCGACGCUGAGGGGAGAGGCGGUGGUGCUGGGCCGAUGGGAGCGGGAUGGCCUGAUGAUCCCAACAUGUAUGCGUAGACACCUUGUUCAGGCUGUGAGGGGUAUUCAAUCAAAUAAUCAAAUUGUAGAC